UGAACGGUCCCUCAGUCUCAGUUUUAGUUGGUUCAGCAGCAACAUCGUAUCGGUGUGUGGCGCGCUUGAAGCUAGCCGAAUCGCGGUUUAUAUUCGUUUACGAAACCGUACGACGAGCCGGUCGGAAUAAUUUCCUUUUCGAAAAACCAGUGAUAAUUUUGGUGUGAAUUUCUAGUUUUUUUUUCUCAGUGCCAUACAGGAUUAUCCGAAAAUAUGAGUGCGAAAUUGGUGACAAUUUUGUGCGUUUUUGUUUGUUUGGAAGUGGUAUUUGCAGGAAAAGCUCAGAAGAAAGACGAAUAUGAAGAUGUUUAUGGUGAUAUGGGCGAAGCUGAUGUACAAAAAGACGGCACUCCAGACUAUUAUGACGACUAUACGGAUAACAAUAAUGUAAACGAUAACGCAGGAGUGGAAGUAGAAAAUAUAAAACUGCUGUCAAAGUCGGCAGUAUUUGCGAAUCAAAUUGGAGAGAGUGUUCUCCUGCCUUGUGAAAGUACUAGCAAUGAUCCAGUUCGAGUAUGGAAAAAAGGAUUAGCAAUACUAUACCAAGGAUCAGUUAAUACGCAGGAUAAGAAGAAUUUGAAACUUCAUCCAAACGGAUCUUUGUCUAUACAAAUUGAAGACCCCAGUGAUUAUGGUAUAUAUUAUUGCACGUUACUGGUGUCAGUAAAUGAGAGACCCACAGUUACCUAUGAACUGAUUGACAGAAAUCCCAGGAUUGCUUCAAUCCGCACUCAAACUAACGAGACAGUGUUUUCAGUUGGAGACGAACUAACCCUAACUUGUCAACCAGAAGGAAAUCAUAACGUUAAGAUUACAUGGCACAAGAAUAACGUAAGGUUAGCACCAGAAGGGGAGACGAUAACUAUUCCAAGUCUUACUGCGACCGAUGGAGGUCUUUACAGAUGUCUAGCUGAUAAGGGAAACGGAAUUAAACCAGAUCAUAUGCACAUCGAAAUUUUUGUCAAUCAUGCUCCAAUUGUUUCCGUACAAGAAUAUUUAGUGAAUUCUGAUCAUCUGAACGAUGUAGAAUUUGUAUGUAAAGUGGACGCUUAUCCAGCGCCCCAGGUCCAAUGGAGGAGGGACAACUCCAUCUUAAACCGCAACGAACCGAAAAUUAAAAUAAUGCAUGAAGAUGGCAAUUCCAGAAACACUCUUGUUGUUAAAGAUUUGAGUGAACGCGAUUUUGGAACGUAUAGUUGUAUAGCAACGAACGCUUAUGGGAGCGAAACAAAAAAUAUUUCCUUGGUUAGGAUACCUGUUGUGAGGAAGUUAGAAAAGAACAUCAACGAAUCUACUAAAGAUGUGAUUUUACAAUGGAAAGUUGAGUCAAAGCAAGCCAUUACGAGUCACGAAUUGCAAUACAGAAGGAAAGGGGAAACUACGUGGAAAACAAUUAGUCCGGCCGUCAGUGCUGGAGAAAACGAUGUUUAUUUGAUCAAGCACACAUUGAAAAAUUUGGACCCCGGAAUUUACGAGACCCGAGCCCGGUCGAAAAAUUCUCACGGGUGGUCCAACUACUCGGAAAUAAUGCCAUUCGAAGGAACUAAGCAUGGCGCACAUCAUCAGAAAUCAAAGCACAACAAAAAAGAGCCGAAACCAAAAGCUCAAGAUCCAUCACUAGAUACGCCUGCACAGCAUAGAAGCGAAGGAACGGUUGGAGAAUCCGUCUCUGCAAGUACACACCUUUAUUCAUCAACGUGCCUACUAAGUGUCGCUACGUUCUUCCUAGUAUACUUCCAAUUUAGGCAACUAUCGUAGGAUUCAAAUUGGGAACAAAUAUGGAAAAUAUAAUUUAUUUUUAUCCACGAACUGUAUCCUAGGCAGCUUGUAACUGGGAGAACUGUUAUUUUGAAGAAAAAAAAUAAAACCAAAGUAUUUAAUAUUUAAUAGGGCUUACAAACUACUUGAAUAUAUUCAUUUUCCAAAAAAGAAAUUGUAGAGGUUAGCAAACUUUUAGCAGAUGUUUAAUUUGUAUUUAUUUUUGAUAUCAUUUAGAUAACGUCAUUCUUUACAUUAUAAUUAAUAGACUUGUUAUGUUAUAGGAUUAUUAUUAGCAUCUAAUUUAAAAUACCCAUUUUUGUUCGAUAUAUGUAUUUAUCUAAUUCGGUUAACAAAAAUCAGCUGUGAUUUUUUAAUUGUUUUAUACAAAAUCAAAUGUAUCACAGACAAUCUUCGACUACACCCUUAAUGCCAUAAUAAUGUAAUUAAUAGAAUAGCAUUUUAUUAUUAUUUAUGUAUAAUUUUAGUUACCUAAACUACUAGGAGUAAAAAGCAAGCUAUUUUUUUAUGUGGUCAGUAUUUAUUAUUUUUUUGUAACAAGAAUUCUGAGUUUAAAACACAUUAAUCAUUUAACUCUCUAGAUUCUAAAACUAUUUUUUUGUUUUCGGUCAUGAGAAAAAAAUAUUUGGAAACGCUUAAAAAAAUUCUGAGCGCUGUAUAGCUAUCAUAAUUUCUUAGUAAUUAGAAUAUAGAUGAAUUAAUAGUUCUUUAAAUUUACUUGUACAAAGCUUUUAAUUUUUUUGAUUGUUUACAGUGUGAUGUGUAAUUUAUGAUAUCUACUUUUAGAUUUCCUUAUUUUUAGGUUUUAGCUUUAACUAUCAUAUAUUUAUCAUUUAUUAUCACAUAAGUUAUUAGGUUUACACCCUUUAAGAUAUCGGAUGUUAAUAUCAUGCUCUUGUAU